AUGCCUGCAGGUGUGCGAUACAGCCAGGCAGCCGGUGGUGGCGCUCCAGGCAACGAUGCACCAGCAUACGCAUAUACGACUGCAACUUCAGCAGCUGACAGCUACAAUGCCGGUGCGACAUCCGUAGGUCGACGGCCCACCGUGCUUGGCCGUGCACCGACUCGACGCAUGGCUCCCGGUGCAAACAGCAUCGCCAACGCGGGCCAAAACAUGCAGCGCGGUCGUACUCUGAUCCGACCUGACCGUUAUCAGGAACCGCCACCGUUAUUGACGGGUAAACCCACGGCCAGUCGCAGCGUGUUUGAUCCAUGGGUCCUGUUCUCUCGCAUCAUCACAUUCUGGGCCUUUGCGCCCAUGUUGGCCGCCCUCGGAAAGAGCGAUAGGGGCAUGCAGCAGGCCUGGCGCGAAAAGAUGGCAUUGUGCUUUAUCAUUGCCUGUAUGGGCGGCUUUGUCGCCUUUAUCACCAUCGGUCUCAGUUCAGUAAUGUGCCCUCCAGAACAAGCGAGCAACCAAGCCAAUUACGCGUCUUACAACGACUCUUUGAAUAGCGCAUCGUUACUCGGUAUCUCCGGCUGGCAAUUUAAUAUCACGGACUACCAAGUCACCCACGACGUCAGCCUGUUUGAUCUUGCCGACGUCCCUGGAACCGACAUUACCAACUAUUUUCAACACGGUUCCAACCUUGCAACAUGUCAAAACACUGGCAACAGUGCAGCCCAACAGUUUACAGCUGUAACAUUUGAUCCCUGCAGUGACAACAAUGGAAACGACGGCUGUCCCCUCGGCCAGCUUUCUCAGUCAACCUUCGAUAGUCUUGGACUCGUCAACUCAACGCGCUUUGUCGGUUACGACUGGACCCAACUCGCUACUGCCAACUUGACCAAUUAUUUCGUACUUGACGGCAACGUGCUAAACAUGGAUCCUUACAUUAAAGCAAAUCCAAGCCCGAUCGCGAACGAUUUGCUCGAUUUUGUUAUUCGCGAGAUUCUCAACUCAACAUUCGCCGAAGGCGGUCGCGACGGUACAAAGCACUUUUUUCGACGAGCCGAAUUGCGUCACGCGGUCAACUGUAUUGUGCAAAAGUAUCGGGCAGGACAAAUCGACAAGUCGACGCCUGGUUGUUUUGCUGCAUCGUUAGUGCUGUUCUGUGCAUUGGGCGUGGUGCUGGCUAUCGUGUUUGCUCGGUUCUUUAUGGCAUUGAUUUUUGCAUGGUGCUUGUCGUGGAAGGCCGCUCGUACACCUCCACCUGUCAGUCGCUCCCAGCAUGUCUUGCCAAAUCAGACCAUGGAAAUGUCGGAUAUCAAACGGAAGCCGGGCAUGCAGCGUGUGGAUUCAGGAACAACGGCCGCAAAGGAUUUCACGCGGUUGGUCGGAAAUGAUCUUUAUACGGCACUGUUGAUCACUUGUUACUCUGAAGGUCUGGAGGGCAUUCGCGCGACUAUCGAAUCAUUGUCAGGAACGGACUAUCCGGAUAAGCGCAAGCUGCUGUUCGUCAUUGCAGACGGAAUGAUCACGGGUAGUGGCGAAAACAUGUCUACGCCAGAUGUCUGCUUAUCGCUGGUGACAUUUGACGAUCCUGAAAUGCGGAAUCCUGAGCCAAUGCCUUAUCUUGCUGUGGCAGACGGUGCAAAGCAAUUUAACCGAGCCAAGGUCUAUGCGGGUCAUUACGGUGAGUUGUUUAGUAACUGGAACAAAAAGAGAGACGUCUGCAAGGGUCACAAGGUCCCAAUGAUAUUGGUUGUCAAGUGCGGCAAUCCUGACGAAGAAGGCAAAUCCAAAGCCGGCAAUCGAGGCAAGCGCGAUUCGCAGCUGAUCUUGAUGAACUUCUUCAGUCGCGUCACUUACAACGAUCGCAUGACGCCAUUGGACUACGAGCUGUUUCGCAAGAUCCAUUACCUGAUGGGCGUCACUCCAGACUACUUUGAGCUGGUACUCAUGGUAGACGCAGACACCAAAGUGUACAAAUCGUCUCUGCGGCUGCUGGUCAACUGCAUGGUAAACGACAACUUGAUCAUGGGCCUGUGUGGAGAGACCAAGAUUGCCAACAAGCGUGCUUCAUGGGUCAGCGCAAUCCAGGUUUACGAAUACUUCAUCUCGCAUCAUCUUGCUAAAGGCUUUGAAUCCGUGUUUGGUGGUGUUACAUGUCUGCCCGGAUGUUUCUGUAUGUAUCGACUCAAGGCACGCAAAGGCGAUGGCGACUGGGUGCCUAUCAUCACCAAACCAGAAAUCGUUCAGGAAUAUUCUCAGAACACGGUGGAUACCCUUCAUCAAAAGAAUCUGCUGCUGCUCGGUGAAGAUCGAUUUUUGACCACACUCAUGCUGCGUAACUUUCCUUAUCGAAAGAUGAUGUUUACCCCUCACGCUGUCUGUAAAACAAUUGUGCCCGAUGAAUUCAAGGUACUCUUAUCGCAACGACGCCGCUGGAUCAACUCAACCAUCCACAACCUCUUUGAACUCGUACUUGUGCGCAACCUAUGCGGCACAUUCUGUUUCUCCAUGCAAUUUGUCGUCAUGAUGGACUUGGUCGGCACAUUGACACUUCCUGUUGCCAUCGUCCUUACUGUCGUUCUGAUCGCAUCGAUUGCCAGGACAAGUAUAGACAGCUUCACCACCGCCGUACCGCUCAUCCUGCUGAUCAUUGUGCUGUUUUCGCCAGCCUUGCUGAUCCUAAUCACGACCAAAAAGUGGGUGUAUUUGGGAUGGAUGAUUAUAUACUUGUUUGCGCUUCCCAUCUGGAAUUUCGUUCUGCCUGUCUACUCGUUCUGGCAUUUUGACGACUUUUCAUGGGGUGAGACACGUAAAGUGACCGGUGAAGUCAAGGGUGAACAUCACGGACAGAAGGAUGGUGUCUUUGAUCCAUCCAAGGUACCGUUGCGACGAUGGGAGGAUUACGAACGACGACGGAUACGGUCUGUUCGAAGACGUGAAAAGAAGUUGCGCGAGUUGGGACCGGUGCAUAUGACGCAUGAUAUCAUGGAAGGCAACGAGGAAGAGCGUCGACUGGUGCAAGGAAGCGAUGACGACGUUGUGUCGAAUUACACAGGCAGCGACAUGUCCUCCAUCCACGCUAAUCCUCAGCAUUACUUUGAUCCAUCGAAAGAAGCACCUGUCAGAUCGGGGUCCGGAUACUAUCCCAGUUUUAGACCGCAGACAGCUACGCCUCCUCCACCGUUGCCCAAGCAACCAAUGCAUCAACCGUCACCACCUCCCCAUCAACAACAACAACAACAGCGGCAGCAGCCUCCAACAGCCGGUCGAGGCUAUUAUCCGCAACCGCCGCCUAUGCGGCAAGAGCCAUACAAUCAUCCACAACAGCGGCCGGUCAUGUCAUCGCCACCGCCACCACAAUCUCAUUCCAUUUUGCGCAAUCCUCAGCCUCCACCUCAUCAGCAAUACAGUCCAAGACCUCCGCCUCCGGGACAAUUCCGUCCGCAACAGCCUGGUCCCUACCAUCAACCUCCACCCAUGCAUGCAGCAUACGCCCCGCAAGUACGACCGAUGCGACCGCAGCAUCAACCGGGUAGUCCUCCACCUCCACGGCAGAAUAAUUAUCGUGAUUUCUAG